AUGGCCUCUUCCGCACCCAUGAAGGUGGUGGACAUCCACACUCACAUGUACCCCCCGUCGUACAUCAAGAUCCUCGAAUCUCGAACCACCAUUCCCGUUGUGCGCCGCUUCCCGCAGACACCUGAUCCGCGCCUCAUCCUUCUCACCUCGGAACAGCAAGCUCUUGAUGAAGCUACCAAGGACCCUGCGGCAAAGCCUCCGGGCCGGCCGCUGACCUCUCACUAUGCCUCGCUUGAGCAAAAAGUGCACUUCAUGGACAUGCACAAAAUUGAUAUCUCGGUCGUCUCCCUGGCUAACCCAUGGCUCGACUUUAUCGACGCCUCUGAGUCGGGCGUCAUGGCCCGCGAUGUGAACGAGGAGUUCGACCGCAUGUGUGCCGCCCACCCGGGCCGCCUUUUCUUCUUCGCCGCUUUGCCUUUGACCGCAUCGCUCGAGACCAUCAUUGAGGCCAUUGACCAUGUCAAGGCUCUCAAGUACUGCCGCGGUAUCAUCCUUGGUACGUCGGGGCUUGGCAAGGGUCUCGACGACCCGGAUCUGCUGCCCAUCUUCCAGGCCAUUGCAGCAGCCCGCCUGACCAUCUUCCUGCACCCGCACUACGGCCUACCGAACGACGUCUGGGGCCCGAGAGCGAGUAACGAGUAUGGCCAUGUGUUACCCCUGGCGCUAGGUUUCCCUAUGGAGACCACUAUUGCCGUGGCGCGUAUGUAUCUGGCUGGCGUUUUCGACGCGGUACGCGACUUGCGAAUGCUACUGGCUCACAGUGGCGGAACAUUGCCCUUCUUGGCCGGUCGAAUUGAGAGCUGCAUCCUGCACGACGGGCAGUUGGUGCGCGAGGGCAAAGUCGGUAAGGGACGGAGGAAGAUCUGGGAUGUGCUCAAGGAGCAGAUCUACCUCGACGCUGUCAUCUACUCGGAGGUCGGACUCAAGGCGGCAAUUGAUGCGAGCGGUGCCGACAGACUCAUGUUUGGUACAGACCACCCCUUCUUCCCUCCAUUGACUACCGAUGAGCAGGGUGAGUGGGAAAGUGUGAGCAUGAACGCGGACGCCGUAGCGGUUGCGCGCUCAAGUCCAUUCCACGUGAAAAAGAGCCCAGGUUGUAAUAAAAUACAUUGUAUCAUUAUGACAGCUGAAGUCCGCCGUUCAAACGGCACGCGUCUCGAUGCGUCCCUUGGCAUCACUGAGCGCAUCGCCCCAAGCAUGACUGCUUGGACAGGCGACAUGCGCAAGAGAUACACCGACUUCCAAGUCUACGAGAUCAACAAGGACGGCUCCGUUCUUCAUCUCCAGGAAACCAGGAUCCCUCCUCCGCCAAAGGAACCUACUCCCCCGCCACCGGCUCCCGAAGAGAAGAAGGAGGAAGAGGUGAAGACGGAAGAAGCGGAAAAGGAAGACACGACUAAGAGCGGCGAUGCCGAGACGCCCGCUAUCCCCGAAAUCCCGGCUGAAGAUGUCGCAGCUCUCGCCUCCCUCACAAACGAAGACUUCGCCAACCAGCUCGUGGCGAUGUACCAGGCGAUAUCGGCUGAUAAGAACGCCAAACCCGAGCCGGCGACAUCUCCCGUCAUGGAAGACAAGGACCAGCGUGGCCAGCUUCACCAGGAGGUUCGCCGCAUCUUCCGCUCCGUGAUUGAUACCUCGACAGACCCUACCGGCGCCAUCAUCGCCAAGGUCCUCCCUCCUCGCGGCAAGGGCAGGGGCGUCCGCGGCGGUAACAACAAUAACAACAACCAAAAGAAGCCCAAGGUCAAGGCCCCUGGCGAGGGAGAGUACCUCCACUUCACCCUCUACAAGGAGAACCGAGACACCAUGGACGCGACUCACCAGAUCGCAAAGGCUCUCCGCAUCAAGCCCCAGGCUAUCGGCACCGCGGGCACCAAAGACCGCCGCGCCGCCACCACGCAGCGUUGCUCUAUCCGUCACCAGCGCGCCGACGCCCUUGUUCGCGCCAACUCCCGCCUUCACGGCAUCACAACGGGUGACUAUGUCUACGCCAAGACGCCAAUUCACCUCGGUGCGCAUGCCGGUAACGAGUUCGUCAUCGCCCUCAAGGACUGCGUCGUCGCGGGGUCUCCCGACCUGCCUCACGACGAACGCCAGGCCAAGAUCCAGGCGUCCGUUGAGGCCGCCAUCGCCAGCAUGCACUCGCGCGGCUGGAUAAACUACUUUGGUCACCAGCGCUUCGGCACCCAUGCUGUCGGCACGCACGAGGUCGGUCGUCUAAUCCUCCAAGAAGACUUUGAGGGUGCCAUCAACGCCCUCCUCGCCUACGACGAGGACAUCGCCAAGCGCGCUGCCGGCGGCGAGGUCCCUGCCGAGGGUCACGCGCGCGACGACUUCAACCGCCACCGCGCGUGCAUGAUCUUCCGCGAGGGCGGCUCCAUGGACGAUGCCCUCAAGUACCUCCCCCGCCGGUUCAACGCGGAACAGAGCGUCAUCCGCCACCUGGGCAGACCCAACAAUACAUCCCGCAGAGACUUCAUCGGCGCCCUGACGAGCAUCACCCGCGGCCUGCGCAGCAUGUACCUGCACGCCUACCAAUCCUACGUCUGGAACCAUGCCGCAAGCCACCGUUGGCGUCUGUACGGCGACAAGGUGGUCGAAGGCGACCUCGUCUUCGCCGAUUCCAAGACCCAGACCGAAACAAACGACGACGACGAUGAAAGCAACUCCGACGCUCGCGCGCUCACCGCCGAGGAGGCGGCGUCGGGUAAAUACACGAUCCACGACAUCAUCCUCCCCUCGCCAGGCCACGCCGUGAUCUACCCCACCAAUGCCCUGGGCGAGUUCUACAAGACCUUCAUGAAGGAGCAGGGCGACCUCGACCCUACCAAGAUGAUCCGCCGCCACCGCGAAUUCAGUCUGACGGGCGCCUACCGCAAGCUCACGGCGCGGUUCCUGGCGGAGCCCAAGUUCGAGGUUCGCGCGUACGAGGACGACAACGAGCAGAUGCACCCGACGGACAUGGAUCUUCUCCGUGCCAAGCGCGGAGACCAGGCGUCUAAGAAGCGCGGCCGCGAGGAGGAUCAACAGCAGCAGCAGCAGCAGCAGCAGCAAGGCGAGGGAGCGAACAAGAAGGCCAAGACGGAAGCGGGGCCAGGUGCAGAGGUCCCGGCCGAGGAGGAGACCAAGCCUGAUGAGAAGAUGGAGGAUGCCGUAGCUCAGCCCGAGGAAAAGGCGGAGACGGACGAGAAGACGGCGGACGCCCCCGCGACGGAUGCGGCGACCGAGCCGGAACCGGCCGUCAAGAAGACGGCUGUGGUGGUGACAUUCCAGCUCCCCAAGAGCGCCUACGCCACUGUCGCCCUUCGUGAGUUGAUGGGUGUCGACGAGUCCGAGGUGAUGACUGCCCCGGCGCCUGCGGCUACGAAGGCAUAA